GUGACAUAUGAGAUGCAAAUAUGAAAUAAGGACUGUCGAUAGAUAGAAUACAAGUCAUUAUACCAUUCCAACAGCGAUGGCAUAUUGUAUUGUUAUUGCACUUCUUAUGGUAGUUGUACACUAUAGUGAUGGAGGAUGCCAUGUUAAUGACUGGCCGCACUCGUGUCAAGCCAACUUUAGAAUAGGACCUCAAAGAUGUGAACCAUGUGAGUCUGGUAGUAACGACUGUAACUGUUCAGAACCAUGUCCCUAUGGUACAUACGGUGAGGGAUGUUACCAUGUUUGUGAUUGCUCUGAUGAACAAUUCUGUGAUAUAGAAGUAGGUUGCACAAACAACAAUACAACUACAGAUAUAACAACCGGUAAAGUUGAAUCUACGCCAUAUAUUGGAAGUAAUACAAGAGAUGUAAAAAGCACUCCUUCGUUGAAGAGUGAUAAAGACCUACUGACAAUUUUGACUAUUGUCGGAAUAACCACUGGCACACUACUGUCAAUAGGUGUUAUUUCCAAUGUACUUUGCUUCUGUUUCUUAUGCAGACGAAAAUCAGACUCGUUUUCUCUUGAAAAAGAUGUAAAAUCAACUGAGGGGGUACUUGAACUAGGAACCAAUGAAGAGGACAUCGAUGUUCAUUCAUAUCUCACUAUCAGUGAUAGAUCAGUCAGAUUGUAUGCAGCUGUCCAUUACGACGAGGCAGAGGACAAAAAAAGUAGUCCUUCGUUAUCACUACACAGUGAAAAAGAGGACUUAAGCAUCGACAGUAAAACAAGUCCUUCCUUAUCCUUUCACAGCAAGAAAAAAGAGGAUGCAAGCAUUAAAAGUGAUACAAGUAAACUAUCACAGGGGUAUUUGACUCCUGUUGUGACAACAGCCGACGAAACCAAAUUGGAUAGUCAACGAUCUAGUGAUUAUGAAGAUUUUUAA